AUGGGUUUCAACAUCUAUGACGAGCUGCCGGUGCCUGUGUCUAAGUACCAUGGCACUGAGAAGCAGGUCUUGGCCGAGAUUUUUCUGCAACAUGCACAGGGUGGUGUCUUGCCAGUGACUCCCUGGUAUGAUGCAAGCAAGUCAAUAGCCCGCGAGUUCCCUGAGCAGCUCGGAUGCCUGGACGAUCCCUCCAUCCUCGGGCGUGUCUUCCAGAUGAUCGACGACAAUCACGACGGGAUCCUGGAUCAGGACGAGUUCGUGAAUGGCAUCCAUGAGCUCCUGCACCCCACCACCCAGGAGGCCAAAACGCUCCGCGCCCGCAUUGCAAAAGCAGUGCUUCCAGCAGUCGAGAACGACUUUGGUCAUGUGAAGUCCGUCGGCAUUAUCGGCGCCGGAGUCGCCGGACUGCAGGUGGCCCGACGGCUCAUGGAGAUUGGAAUCUCUUGCACCAUCUUCGAGAAGUCCGAUAAUGUGGGCGGCUGUUGGCAGAAGAACUAUGCAGACUUCGGCCUUCAGGUUCCCAAAGAGCUUUUCGAGUUUCCUGACUUCCCCUACCCCGACGACUUCAAGUGCGACCUCUUCCCCACGGGACCAGAGGUCCAGGCAUACAUAGAGCUGUAUGCCAAAACCUUUAAGCUGUACGAAAUCGCACAUUUCAAGACUACGGUCGUCGAGCUACAGCCGUCUGGCGGGCAGCGAGGCUGGACGGUGGUCUUCGAGAAGGAAAAGCAGCGCUCCUCCAAAGCCUUUGACUACCUGGUGGUCGCGACUGGGAUGUACAGCUGGCCACCACACAUCCCCCUGGCUCGAGACGCGUCGAAAUUCAAGGGCCAGAUCCUACAUUCCUGCACAUUCACCGAUCGCAAGGUUGCAUCAGGCAAGAAGGUCGUCGUCGUGGGGGGUGGCAAGUCUGCUGUUGACAAUGCAGUUUCCGCCGCCAAGGAAGGCUCCCACACUACCCUUGUGUGCAGGUCGUGGCAUUGGCCGGUGCCGCGUUACUUGCUGAACUUGGUCCCUUUCAAGUACGCGACCUAUAGCCGCUUCGGGCAUUGGUUCUUGCAUCCUCACCACGGAGAAGGCCCCACUUCUACAUGGCUCCAUGGUACCUGUGCUCCGGUGAAGUGGCUGUGGUGGCGCGCUGUCGAAUUCAUGUUCCGCGGCCAGUUCCAGAUUCCCAGCAGCAUGAUUCCCGAGGAAGGCCUGGAGACUGACCUAUUCAGCGGCGGGCAGAUCUUGAACUACGAUUUCCGAGACAUGCUCAACUCCGGGAAAAUCCAGACAGUUUGUGGCGCAAUCGACAAGUUCACCGAAACAGGUGUCGUGCUCGUCGAUGGGAAAGAGCUGGAUGCAGACCUAGUGAUUUACGGGACAGGCUUCGCGAAGAACUAUGAUAUUUUCGACAAGGUCAUCCAGAAAAAGCUCAACAUUCAGAAGGACGGGCUGUACCUCUACCGCAACGUCAUCCCACCUCAGGUGCCGGAUGUGGCCUUUAUUGGUUGCGAGGUGUCCACCUUCAACAAUAUUCUGACGCAUGGCCUCCAAGCGCUCUGGCUUCGGAAGAUGCUCUCCGGUCAGAUGAGGCUGCCUAAGCCAGGUUCCAUGGAGAAAGCUAUCCAGAAGGAGCAAGCAUGGAAGAGAACAUGGAUGCCGCCAGCGAGUUCCCGCGCAAGCUUGUACCAGCUUCACAUGACCAAGUACCACGACAUGCUGGUGCAGGACAUUGGCGCACCGCGAUUUCGUAAGAUGCCGAAUUGCUUCGGAGAGCUCUUCAUGCCCUACACGGCGAGAGAUUUUGCUGGCCUUUUCUCGGAAGCCUCAAAGUAG